UCACUUCAAGUUCAAACCUUUUAAGGACUUUUCUCUACUCUCAGCCUCUUAUUCUCCAGGCUAGGCAGCUCGUGGGAAGUUUCUAUUCUUUUGUACAUACAGACAGAAGACAGGAAUCUGGGAUUUUGGGAUAUUCAUCAUGAUCAAGAAGUCACCCAGUAGAAACCAAAGAUCCAAAGGCCUCAGGGAAUUUGAUGCAGAACGUGUCGAUGGAAUUCUGAAACUUGGGAGGAAGGACCUUCCUCGUAUUGAGGAUGUGCAUAAAAUUGAGAAACAUGAGGAGGAAGAAGAAACUCUAGCAGAAGAGGAGGAUAAUAAGCAUGAAGAGCAGCAAGAUGAGGAAGCAAGCAAGCAUGAAGAAGAGGAUCAAGAAGAGAUAAACAAACAUGGAGAAGAUGAACAGGAAGAAGUAAACAAGAAUGAUGAAGAAGAGCGCGAGGAAGAAGAAAACAAUCAUGAAGAUGAAGACCAAGAAGAAGUAAAUAAGAAUGAAGAGAUGGAAGCUGAGGGGAGAGGAGAUGGAGAUGAUGAGGUAGAUGAAAAUGAGCAAGAAAAAGUUGCAGGGCAAGCUGAUCAUGCAGAAGAUUUUGUCGAUGAGGAGAAUGAAGAGAAAGAGGGUCAAGAAGAAAAUGAGAAUUCAUCAAAUGAUCAGAAUCAAAAGGGAGGUGGCAGGAUUUCCCAUGAGGCUAGAGAGGAACAUUACAAGGCAGAUGAUGCUUCUAGUGCAGUGUCUCAUGAUGUUCAAAUUAUUGGUACUGAAAAUGAGAAAUUAGGUACAGAAAAAUCAGAUGAGAACUCCACAAUAAUUAUUAUGGGGGCAGAGAAUGAAGCCAAUAAAACUGAGGAAACAGCUGGUCAUGAAAACAAUUUGCAGUUGAAAUCAGAAGAAGAGAAACACACAGAAGCUGGCAAUUCUUUGAACAACACAAUUGCAGAAGAAAAGGAUCACAAGAUUAGCUCAUACAACUCUGGAAACCACUCACUUCCAAAUGCAACAAAGGCAGCUGAUUCCAAUGAUGUAGCAAGGAGUAAAGAAUCCACAAAGAAGUCAGCAGUAGUAAAUGCAGAAACUCUUGAUUCAGUGCAGAAUGGAGUAGCAACAACAUCUGUUUCAAAGGAAUCACAAAAUACAACAGAAGCUGCUGUAACAACGGGAGAACAAUCAAACCAGCAAAGUAUUGAACUAGAACAGGCCAAUAACUUGUCAUCUAGCAGCAAUCAGUUAGAUGCUAAUACCACAGUUUCCACUAAAACUGAAAAUGCAAAGGCUGCCACAUCGGAGAUCAUUAAACCAAAUGCAACAGCUGAGGGAGGGAAUAGUUCCGAGUCUUUAACAACCAAGGAAACCACUGGUGCAACUCAGAAUGAGAACUCAGAAGGUAACCAUGGAUUGGGUGGAACAGAUGAAAGCACUGACCUUUCCUCCACUAAUGCGACCAUAGAUGAAAGUCAACAUGACCCCAUUGAUUCUUCUGAAUCUACCCUCCCCCAAGAUGAGGAAGAUACUCGUGUUGAUCUGAGUACACUUCCAGAUACUCGAACAGAAGGGAGCAACAUUGAUUACGCUGCAGCAGAAUGAGUAUGAUUAAAAAUAACAACAGAGUUUCUUUUGAAUCCUCCAAAGUUGUAUAUCAUCUCAUUCCAUUUUGAUACAAAGACAGGUAAACUUUGCGGAGUGCUUCUACUCAACUUGUAUCAAAUCGUGUUUAGAGAAUAGGUUUUACCAUUGGUUGCUAAACGUAGGCUAGUUUAUGUCAUCAGUGAUCUAAGCUAUGUAAUCUGCCGCAACUUCCUUUGUGUCCAUUUUUACUGUCUUCUUUUUUUGUUGCCGACAUGGUUUUCUGUGCUGUUCAAGCCAGUCAGUUUAGGGAUUGACUCUCUUAUCUUUUUGGGUGCAUCCAAUGACUUUUCUGAAUCCACCAUCCAAGACCUGAACUUUGAAAUCUAGACUUGCCACCAUUUGUGUCCAGAUUUGAACUCAGAAAUCUAAACUUGCAUAUUAAAAGUUCAGGUUCUUA